GGAGUUUAGAUUUCGAAAUAUUAAAAUUUACGCAUAAAAAUCCUUCCAAGCAUUAAUAUUUUUUCCUAAAGAGAAAUGACUGGUGAAAUCAGCGAGAAGGCGUUUCCUCUAGCGGAAGAUCGCCUUAGCCAAACGAUCCUCGAUCUCGUCCAGGAGGCAAGCAAGCUUAAGAUGCUUAAAAAGGGUGCAAACGAAGCUACAAAGGCACUGAAUCGUGGCAUAGCUGAUCUAAUUGUGCUCGCAGGUGACACUAACCCAAUCGAAAUUUUGCUGCAUCUCCCACUCCUAUGCGAAGACAAAAAUGUGCCCUAUGUAUUUGUACCAUCAAAGACCGCAUUGGGUCGCGCUGCUCAGGUGUCGCGCAAUGUCGUGGCUUUGGCAAUUCUUCAGAAUGACAACAGCCCAUUUGCUUCUUCGGUUCAACAAGUAAAACUGGAGAUUGAAAGGCUUUUAUAAAAAUGAUACCAAUGCUAAUGUUUUUUUUCUUGUAUCUAAUCAUAAUAUAAUUUUGUAUCUUCUUGAGCAUUGUACGAACAUUUUGGUGAAUAAAUUAUACAGCCUUCGAAAUAACUCUAUCUAGGUGAAAGUACAGGCCCACAUUAAUACAAUCUUUGUAAUAAAGUGCAUAAUAUUUA